CGCGGCAGCUCGUGCCGUUCGCGUCUCUGCAGCGUGGAGACGAGAACCGGCACUUUGAGAGGACGCCACCUUCAGCCGCGGUGCUGGCGCGGGCGGGGGCUCACACACGGGGGUCCUGAGACUGAGGAAAACGCGCCAAGUUCCCCUCGGCUGCGGAGCGGGGCUUCUGCGGCUCAGGCGCUCGGCCACCGCUGCUGCGCGCCCGUAGCCUUCCCGGCCGGGCAGCGCCGGGGAUGUAGUGGGGCCGCGGCGAGUAGAACGGAGCGGCGGCCCGGCUCCCGCUCCGUAAACGAAUGGUCACUCCCCCGCGGGUGGGCAUCGGACCAGUUUUCCCUCGGCCGGGCCGGCGACGGCCGGGCUCGCCUGUCGCGCCCGCACUCUGCCCUGCUGGUCUUCCCGGCGGCGGCGCCGCGGACUCAUUCACGGCCAUGACCGGAUAUCAUUGAUGAUUACAUCUGCCUUCUAUAAGUAAAUUCCUGUCAACUCCUUGCAAUUUGAAAAGAAAAUGCCUGGUGUCAUACCUAGUGAAAGUAAUGGGCUUUCAAGAGGUAGUCCAUCCAAGAAAAACAGACUUUCUUUGAAGUUUUUUCAGAAAAAGGAAACUAAAAGAGCUUUAGAUUUCACAGAUUCUCAAGAAAAUGAAGAAAAAGCUUCCGAAUAUAGAGGAUCUGAGAUUGAUCAAGUUGUUCCUGCAGCACAGUCCUCGCCUAUAAACUGUGAGAAGAGAGAAAACUUGUUACCAUUUGUGGGACUGAAUAAUCUCGGCAAUACUUGUUAUCUUAAUAGUAUACUUCAGGUAUUAUAUUUUUGCCCUGGUUUUAAAUCUGGAGUGAAGCACUUAUUUAAUAUUAUUUCAAGGAAGAAAGAAGCACUGAAAGAUGAAGCUAAUCAGAAAGAUAAGGGAAGCAGCAAGGAAGAUCCUUUGGCAAGUUAUGAGCUUAUAUGCAGUUUACAGUCCUUAAUAAUUUCAGUUGAGCAGCUUCAGGCUAGUUUUCUCUUAAAUCCAGAGAAAUAUACAGAUGAACUUGCUACUCAGCCAAGGCGACUGCUUAACACACUCAGGGAACUCAACCCUAUGUAUGAAGGAUAUCUACAGCAUGAUGCACAGGAAGUGUUACAGUGUAUUUUGGGAAACAUUCAAGAAACGUGUCAACUCCUAAAAAAAGAAGAAAUAAAAAAUGUGGCAGAAUUAUCUACUAAGGUAGAAGAAAAAUCACAUCAGAAAGAGGAAAUGAGUGGAAUUAACCACAUGGAGAUUGACAGUGUGAGGAAUUCUGAGGGCUAUAAAGAAAAACUCCCAAAAGGGAAUGGGAAAAGAAAAAGUGACACUGAAUCUGGUAAUACAAAGAAAAAAGUUAAGUUGUCUAAGGAAUGUCAGUCAUUGGAAGAGAACCAGAGACAAACAAGAUCAAAAAGAAAAGCUACUGGUGAUACAUUAGAGAUUCCUCCUAAAACAAUCCCCAAAUGUGUUUCUGAAAAUGAGAGUACAAGACCCUCACAGAAGAAAUCAAGAGUUAAAAUAAAUUGGUUAAAGCCUACAACUAAGCAACCCAGCAUUCUUUCUAAAUUCUGUAGUCUGGGAAAAAUAACAACAAACCAAGGAUCCAAAGGAAAUGAAUAUGAUCUUGAAGAGGACUUGGGGAAGUAUGAAAGUGAUACCACAACUAAUGGUUGUGGACUUGACGCUCCAGAAAAUGUUACACCUGUAAAUGUUAGUGAAGUUAAGCCCAUAAACAAAGGUGCAGAGCAAAUUGGUUUUGAACUAGUGGAGAAAUUAUUUCAGGGUCAGCUGGUAUUAAGGACUCGUUGUUUGGAGUGUGAAAGCUUAACAGAAAGAAGAGAAGAUUUUCAGGAUAUCAGUGUGCCAGUACAAGAAGAUGAGCUUUCUAAAGUAGAAGAAAGUUCUGAAAUUUCUCCAGAGCCAAAAACAGAAAUGAAGACCUUGAGAUGGGCAAUUUCACAAUUUGCUUCGGUGGAGAGAAUUGUAGGAGAAGAUAAAUAUUUCUGUGAAAAUUGCCAUCAUUAUACUGAAGCUGAGCGAAGUCUUUUGUUUGAUAAAAUGCCUGAAGUUAUAACUAUUCAUUUGAAGUGCUUUGCUGCUAGUGGCUUGGAGUUUGAUUGUUAUGGUGGUGGACUUUCGAAGAUCAACACUCCUUUACUGACACCUCUUAAACUGUCACUAGAAGAAUGGAGCACAAAGCCGACUAACGACAGCUAUGGAUUAUUUGCUGUUGUAAUGCACAGUGGCAUCACAAUUAGUAGUGGGCAUUACACUGCUUCUGUUAAAGUCACUGACCUUAACAGUCUAGAACUAGAUAAGGGGAAUUUUGUGGUUGACCAGAUGUGUGAAAUAGGUAAGCCAGAACCACUGAACGAGGAGGAAGCAAGGGGUAUGGCUGAAAAUUAUGAUGGAGAAGUGUCAAUUAGAGUUGGUGCAAAUGCCCAGCCAAGUAAAGUUCUGAACAAAAAAAACGUAGAAGCUGUUGGACUUCUUGGAGGACAAAAGAGCAAAGCAGAUUACGAGUUAUACAACAAAGCAUCUAAUCCUGAUAAGGUUGCCAGUACAACAUUUGCUGAAAAUAGAAAUUCUGAAACUAAUGAUAUCAAUGGGAUCCACGAAUCUGAUAGCAACAAGGAACCCAGUGACCAAACAGGCAUUAACAUGAGUGGAAUGGAGAGCAAAAUUUCAUAUGUAGUGCAAAGCUUAAAGGAGUAUGAGGGGAAGUGGUUGCUUUUUGACGAUUCUGAAGUGAAAGUUACAGAAGAGAAGGACUUUUUGAAUUCUCUUUCCCCUUCAACAUCUCCUACAUCUACCCCCUACUUGCUAUUUUAUAAGAAAUUAUAGUGAGUAUAUUUUCCUUGUGUAUGUAUUAAACAGACCUGGACAAACAUUGGUAAAGUUGAUUACAUCAAAGUCUUUAGUUUAUCUUUUGAAGCUAUUGAGUAUUAUUGGUCUCUAGGCUUUUAUAUAGUGAAAUUUUAAAUACCAAAAACCAUGUUAAUUUUUAGAAUUAAUUUUCUUUGUAGAGACUAGUAAGGCAUUAGCUUCUGGGAACAAACUUGUAUAGGUUCUUUAUCCAAAAUGGAAGCAAACACUUGGAUUUACACCGAUCUUUUGUGUUUGCUUUUUAAAAUAAAGUGCUUGUAUUUGUUUUCUCCAUAUUCUGGAAUAAUUAUCUACUUGAUAUUUAUAGGUCUGUGAUUUUACACCCAAGAAACAGAAUUUCAUUCAGUAUAUUUAGUUUUGUAAUAGUCACAAAGCCAAAUCUUUGGGCUAUAUCAGAGGCACAAAGUUUAGAAUGUGUAUAUUCACGAUGCUGUAUAUUUUGUGCCUUGAAUCACUGAAGUGUCUCAGAAAUCCUGGCAGUCCUCUCUACAUAGGAAUUUUAUAUGUAUUUAUGAAGAUGAUUUGGUAUUCUAGUCAAUCUUUUUGGGCAUGACUAAUUUGUAUCUUCAUACUCAUUCUGCACGAUCUGUAUAUAGUACAUCAAACUUAGAGGUGUGACCUUAAAUUUAACUUUUUUUUAAAAACUGGGAGGUCAAUAAAAUUUAAGCUGUUUAACAGUUAUG